AUGACUGAUUAUUUAAAAGCAGUAAUUGAAACAUAAUUAAUUGGUGCAUUUAGAGUAGCAGUGACAUUGCCAUUGGAACAUGUGUUAGAUAGAAUAAAAACAUAUAAAUAAUCUCGAUAAGAGAUUACUUAUUUAUAAGUAUGAGAUUAAAUUAUUAUUAGAGAGUUUUAAAGAGAUAAAGGGUGCACGUGGUUACAUAGGUUUAUAUGAUGGAUUUUAUCCUAAUUUUUUAAGAUCAAUGUUGAAAUAAUAUUAUAGAUGGCCUAUGAUGAUCUUCAUUCCUUCAUUUUUGAAAAAAAUUAUUAAUGAUUAAUCUUUGAAUAAGAUAUUAACAGGAAUCUCGAUAGCAAUAUUUGAAAGUUGUAUAAUAACACCAUUUGAGCGAUUGAAAAUAUUGAAAAUGACAAAUCUGACAGUAGGAUUUGGUUAUUUAAAAUACAUUACUUUUGAUCAAAUAUAUGUUGGUUUUGGAAUUCUAACAACAAGAUAGAUAGUAUCUUGGACAAAUUAUUUAUAUUGGGAUCAUAAGAUACGUUAUGCAUUGAAGAAAGAUGUUAGUGAAAGUUUAAGUUUUUGUGAUAUAUUGAUAGCUUCAUCUUUGACGAGUGUAUUGAAUAUAGCAGCAGGUAGAUAUUAUAAAUAUGUUUAAGUUCAUCCAUUUGACACUAUAAAAACAUUAGUUUAGAUGGAAGGAAAAUAAGGUGAGAUUUAUAAUAAGAAGAUUUCAGUAAUUGAGAUUUGUAAGUAGAUAUUUACUAAAUAUGGAAUAUCAGGAUUAUAUGCUGGUUGGUAAGCAAGAAUAAUUGGAUAUUUUUGUUAAGCAACUUUAACAACACCUACAAUAGAUUAUUUAGAGAGAAAUUAUGGGAUUGCAAAAUAAUGA